UGACUACCGACGCAGCAGCAGCAGCAGCUAAUCUCCCGAGCUACCCCUUCCGGCCCCGCGUCCAUACUCCCACCUGCUAAUAUAUGCAGCCCAGAGAUCCAGAAAAAAGAGUACAAGUGUACAGCCCCAUCCAUAAACUCAUAUCCUUCCAUCACCGGGCAUCACGUGAACCCUAGCUAGCUCUUGCAUACUCAAGUUACGUAGCUACUUCGUUUCCAGAUCAUCACCGUAGCUUGGCAUGGGCGGUGCUCGUGCUCUGGCGUGCUUCUUCUGCGUCUCGGUCGCACGGCGGGGGCGCACGGCGAGGCUGGUGCUGUGGGGCGGCGAGGCCCGGGCGGCCAAGCAUGGGACGCAGGCGGGGCAGGUGAUGCUCGACUUCGCGGGGACCGUCGUGUGCCUCGCCGACGGGUUCUACAUCGGCCGGCCCGCGCCGGUGCUGGCCAUCGAGGACCGCCUCGUCACGGGGGCCACCUACCUCGUGCUCCCCGUCGACCGCCUGCCACAGGGCUACGACGCCGUCACCGCGGCGUCCCUGGCCGCGCUCUCCUACGACAAGGCCAGCCCGGCGGGGUCCAUUACGGGGGGACCCAAGAGCCCGUUCGAGUACGUCAAGGGCGACGACGGCCGGAGGGUGAUCAAGGUCACCCCGGAGUUCCUCGUGAAGGCUAUCACCGCGAGACCGGGCUGCGGCGGCGGCGGCGGGAGCGGGGCCGAGGUCGACGGAGAGGGCGCGUGCGGCGGGGCGCUGUGCAGCACGCCGGAGCUGAGGAAGCACUACGAGCAGCUGGUGGGAUCCGGGAGGGGGAGGGCAUGGUCGCCGCGGCUGGACACUAUCAAGGAGCGCAAGGGGAGGACGCUCGUGGCGGCGGUGAGCCCCGGAAGGCUGUCGCCGGUGGCAGUCAGGCUGUUAGGGCUGGGCAAAGGAGAAUUCAGGUAGCCAAAGGCUACCAAGGUUCAGUGGCGUGUUAACAUUUACCAGCUCCUUGCUUGUUUCGUUUUGUUUGACGGGAUCAAGCAAUUGAUAGUUGAUUUGUACAAAUUGAGCGAUUGACUCUGGAUAUGUUAUCGUCAUGACCAAAGAAGAAUUUGGUAUAGCUAGGCGUUCUAUCGACAAAUCGUGUAUUCUAGUAUUGCUUGACUUGAUUUUGUUGACGAAAUUGUACAUACAUCAAUUUUCAUUUUAUUAAGUAAAUGUGUCAUUACGGCA